GAUAUUAUUUUGUAAUAGGUAGGUACAUGUAAGUCGUUCAUAGUCCUGUGUUAACGUUUCAUUGUCAUAUUUUACUAUUUCUCCAUCGUAGUAUUGUAAAUCUUAUACAGUAGUUUAUAUUAUACAAACAGUGACAAGGUGUUAGGCCAUAUCGUUUUUAUGUUAGGUACCUAUAUCUUCGCUUGUUCGUUUGGUUUUUGAUCAUACGUAUAUAAAGCGCCCAGUAUGAUUCAUCUUGAGUCCGCUACGAAUAUCUAUAUCUCGAAAUUACAUCGUGUGAAACAUACAUUUAAUUUUAUAUAACUUCUUACUUUUUUUUAUGCGUUUCAAAAAUUUAAAACAUCUCAUAUUUUAUGUAAAUCAUGUUCCGUUUCGUGAAUUUUUUAAUUGUGUUAAGUAGCGUUGUGACCUGUGUCAAAGUGUUCGCUGCGAAGCAGAGUCCUCCUCAUAUAGUUUUUGUGUUGGCCGAUGACUUGGGUUGGAACGACGUCAGCUUUCAUGGUUCGAACCAAAUAAACACUCCAAACAUCGAUGCACUGGCAUAUGACGGAAUAAUUCUAAACAAUCAUUACAGCGAAUCUUUGUGUACACCGUCCCGGUCGGCAUUGCUUACUGGAAAAUAUCCUAUUCAUACGGGGACUCAACAUAAUGUGAUAUUAGAGCCUGAACCUUGGGGGUUACCAUUGAAUGAAAUAUUAUUGCCUGAACAUUUAAAUAAAUUAGGUUAUGCAUCUCACGCCGUUGGCAAAUGGCAUUUGGGUUACUUCAAGAAAGCUUACACACCAACAUACCGGGGUUUUAAAAGCUUUUAUGGUUUCUGGAAUGGAUAUCAAGAUUAUUAUACACAUAUGGUCCAAGCAACUUUUGCAUCUUUUGAAGGGUUUGAUAUGAGACGUGAUUUAAAUCCUGACUGGUCAAGUGUAGGGAAAUAUUCAACACAUUUAUUCACCAAGGAAGCCACUGAUAUUAUAACGAAACAUAAUAAUUCUGUGCCAUUGUUUUUGUACCUCGCCCAUUUGGCUCCACACGCAGGCACUUACGAAAAUCCAUUACAAGCACCCCAAGAAGACAUAAAUAGUUUUCAAUCGAUCAAAGACAAGUACCGUCGUAAAUAUGCUGGAAUGAUGAAAAAUCUAGAUGAUUCGGUAGCUGAAGUGUUUAACGCAUUACAUACAAAUAACAUGCUUGAUAAUACAAUAUUUGUGUUUGUGUCAGACAAUGGAGCUCCAACAAAUGGUAUCCACAGGAAUUAUGGUUCCAAUUGGCCGUUGAAAGGAGAAAAAGCUACACCUUGGGAAGGUGGCAUUCGAACUGCAGCAUUCGUAUGGAGUAAAUUAUUAUCGAAAAAGAAAACGCUUCCAAAUCCACUGAUGCAUAUUUCUGAUUGGUUACCUACAUUAUACCAAGCAGCAGGUGGAAAUACUCAAGAUCUAGGUGCUAUUGAUGGUAUAAGUAUGUGGGAAUCAUUUUCAAAUAAUAUAAAAUCUCCAAGAAAACAAAUAUUACAUAAUAUCGACGACAUAACUGGUUACGCGGCAAUUAGAGAUACUAACUUCAAAUAUAUAAAAGGAAGUACAUUCUUAGGUUAUCUUGAUUAUUGGUCAGGAUCGUUGUCCCCGAGUGCACUCCGUUAUAAUGUUGAUGCUGUAUUGAACAGUACUACGGCCGGCAUACUGUCACAAAUAAAUGGAGAUAGUUUAACGCCGUCUUUGAUCGAGUCACUGCGCAACAGUUCGACAGUACGGUGCGACUUCGAGAAAGACAUGAGACCAUGUAAGCCAUUCAUAAAACCAUGUUUAUUUCACAUUGUCAAAGAUCCCUGUGAAUUGGUUAAUUUGAAUUACAAGCCCAACAGCAAAAUAAGAAAGUUUGUAGAGGCAAAAAUUGACUAUUUCGAGACAUCUUUGGGAAAAUUCAGAGAAUCUGCGUCCAAGCCCAUGAAUGUGAGAGGUACCAAAGAUGCAAAUCCUGCUUUGUACAACAACACGUGGAUCAGCUGGGAUGAUCAUCGACAUAGUAUUUGAAUAAUUGAUUCAACAUGUUCACGUUUAAAUUAUAUUUGAAUUUAAAAUUGAAAAAUUGUCAGACUUUAAUUUAAUUAUAUUAUUCUUAUAAGUUAUAAGUAUCACAUAUCAAAAACAUAUCUAUAAUAAAUAUCAAAACAUUCAUUUUA